CCUGUGUCUCGCCUCUAGCGGCUCGUCGCUACAGUUUAGAGCACUCACGCACAAAGUACACGCCAUGCACCACACGGUUGCAGUAGCCAUUCUUCGACAGCAGGCAUGGCGCGCCACCGGCGCACGCUCCUCGACGACAACUACCUCGUCUCGGACGUCCGUGUCCAGCUCGCGUGCCCAAAGGAGGCGUGGGUCCCGGAUGCUGCCCGGCAGCGCUGCAUCCACUGCAGCCGGCCCUUCUCGCUCUUUCGACGCCGCCACCAUUGCCGCGUCUGCGGCGACGUCCUCUGCGGCGCGUGCAGCUGGACCGUCUACCUCGUCAACACGGCCUCGAACGUCGGCCGCGCGUGUUUUGGCUGCUCGCGCGCCUCUGAAACCACGACCGCCAGUCGCAGCGGCGACGACGUUGGGCGACCGACGUGCCCGAACUUUGUCGACGCGCUCCUCGUCACGUCGUUCGACGGCGACCACAUGCAGGCGUGUGCCAGGUGCAAUGGGCCAUUCGAAGAGGGCAUGCAGCUGCCGUGCGGCGACGCCUUCCACGCCCACUGCCUCCGCCCAUGGCUCGCCGCCCACGACGCGUGCCCGCGCUGCCACGACGCACUGCCGCCCGAUAUGGACUACAUCCGCAAGCUCUUUACGUUUGCGUGA